AUGGUCGGUACCUGGGGCAUGAAGAGACUGCGCAAAUACCUGCGCAAGGUCGCCCUCGAGGCCGGGCACCAUGUGAGCGAGCGGGACUUGCUCAUCUUCACGGACCACCCGCCGCGAUGGGACGACUGGACGGAGGAGGACUUGAUGCUCUUCAACAGGACGCUCCGGGCGCUGUACAACAGCCCGGUGUCGUUCAGGGUAUUUGAGAAGAUCGUCGCGACGUACCUCCUGACGAAGAAAUGGCGCAAGCAACUGAACUACGUACCGAUGGCGAAGAAGUUCCCUCACCUCGCCGACACCUGCUUUGAUUGGCAGUGGUGGGACGCGCCGGCGGAGGGCGCAUGGCAGGAGGGCCUGGACUUCAAAACAUUCGCAACCGGCUGGCGCAACCGCAAGCCCAAGUGGUGGGGCAAGAGGUGGUCGGUCGUGGAUCAGGAGGCCGCCAUGAGGCCGUUCGCGGACAUCUGGCUCAGCAAUGACCGGCUCAAUCCUGCGACGCCGGUCCAAGAUCAUGAAGACGAGGACGAUCCGCGCACCGAAGGAUACGAGCUCAACUUGGGGCGUGUGACCGGCGAGGACUGCAGGAAGGCGCAGCGCCAGGCGGAGAUCUACCUCGCCUGGAAGGCGAAGGGCCGUGCGCCCGCCGCGAUGGCACACCCGAUCCCUCUGUCCACAUGGGCACGUCCUCUCAAUGUCCCGCCGCAGUCGCAGGACACCGUGAACUGCGGCCGCGACCGGUGCGAGCGCUGCACUGAGAGCGGCAUGGAGGAAUGCCGGGUUCCGGCCGUCGCAAACGACCCGCGCUGCGUCACUUGUCGUGCACGCAAGAAGGGUUGCUCCUUCGGAUCUCCUCUCACACAUGCUGCCUCGCGCCGCACUGCGAGUGCAACGGUGGUGCGCGCACCUUCCAACCGUGCGCGCACCCGCACCCCGGCAAGUUCUGGAGGUGCAAGGGCAGGUAUGAAGCGUCGCCGCGGAGAAUAG